ACAAUAGCCUUUUUCAUGUGGAUUCCGUUCUUUACUGCAGGAUGCUGGAGUGAAAACAUCCUGGACUAUUUUCUGAGAAAUCGCCAGAUCACAAGGGGAGACGGCGCCGAGAUCACCUGGUACCACGGUGCCAACCACAGGGCACAGCUGGAGGAAGCGCUGAGCAGCGCUGCCCACAUGGUGGAGGCCGACGUGUUGCUUGCCAGCGUGGGCGCGGAAUGUGGCCAGCCCGUCAUGGCGCACCCGCCGGACACGCACAGCGACACCACGCUGCAGGCCUGGCUGGCCGAGCUCCAGCGCAGCGACAAAGGCAUCAAGCUGGACUUCAAGAGCCUGGCAGCGGUGGAGCCCGCCAUGGUCCUCCUGGACGCGGUGAGAGGUCACUGGCAGCGUCCCGUGUGGAUUAACGCUGAUGUUCUCCCUGGUCCGAGUGGAAGCAGCAGCGUCGUGGAUGCAAAGCCCUUUAUAGACACUGUGACAUCCUUCUUUCCAGCAGUGACGCUGUCCCUGGGCUGGACGACGGGAUGGCAUCCCGAGAAUGCCAAUGAAGGGUACAGUUGGGCGAUGGUGAGAGAGAUGGAAUUCAUAUGUGAUGGCCUGAGUCAGCCUGUGACCUUCCCUGUCCGGGCGGCAUUGGUCAGACAGUCCUGUCCCCAGUUACUCUGGCUGCUAAAGAGGUCAGACAGGUACAGCCUGACCAUUUGGACUGGAAAGGGUGAUAACUAUUCCACUGAAGAUUUACUUUACAUUAGAGACCAUUUUGAUAAAAAGCAAGUUUUUUAUGACAUUUCGGAACCACAAAACCGUGAAUUUAAACAAGCCAUCGGAAUCACCGUUAAUCUCUAAGAAGAUUGUUGUAAUUACUGCUUGCUUUGGUUUCAUAUCCUUCUCUGCUUUGGCCUGAAUUAAUUGCCGUAUUGAUUGUGAUCACUGGUUUAUGCUUUGUGCACUGAGGAGAUGCUCACCGCCUGCUUCCUGUUGGAUACCGGCCCUCCUGGGCCUGGCCGUGUUUGGAAGGAGGACCAGAGAAGAAGGGCUGGCGAGGCAGAGUCAGGACAACUCAGAGGAGCCAUCUCCUCAGGGAAUCUGUGUCCUUUGUCCUGCCCGGCAUGGCCUGAACAAGGCUUCUCUGCUUUAUAAGGACAGGAACUACCAGGGAAUGUCCGAGGUAUGAAGUUUACUUUUGUUCACCCGCCACUUUUCUCCCAGGGAAUAAAUUGGUUUUAUGUAGAGAAAAGAGCUUCGGUUCUGAACUCAGACACUUUCUAUACAGCUGUGCCUCGCCUUGGACUUGGGGACGUCUUCUGCCCCGUCAGCUAAGGCUCACUUAUUCAGCAGGGGGUGUGAGAACUGGCUGGCGCAGUGGCUGUGAGGCCUGCAUCAGUGGUGACCUCAGUUGUGAACUCUCGUGUCAUGUGAUCCAUCACCUGACCGGUCGAUCCUCUUGUCGUGAGCACUGCGAUCCCCAGUGGGACAGACAGACGAGGGGAGCCUCACUUCCCACUUGAAAAUUCAUCUGGAGUGGAGUGCAGAGCGCUUUGCUGAACAACACCUAAAACUUUUCUGUGGUUGUUUGCCAAAGGCCAAAGGGCAAUUUUAUUAAAAAAAAAAAAAUUCUUAACUGCCAUAAAAAUAAUUUAGAACUAUAGUAAAAACACUUUUAAGUUUUUUACAGUGACCAUACCUUGCUUUCAUAAAAUGACUUCAAUUAAUAAAUGAUAAGUGAAUUACGUUUUAAUAAAAUUUUAAAUAAAGUUUGUCCAGAAGAAAUUACUCUUAAUUAGUCUACUCUUGAUGAUAUUCAUAUUUUUUUGUUUUGUUUUGAGGCAGGGUCUCACUGUGUAGUUCAUGCUGGCCUCGAACUCUCAGCAAUUCUCCUGCCUCAGCUUCCCAGGUGCUGGGAUUACAGCUGUGCGCUACCAUGUCUAUAAGCUUAUAAUCAGGAGAAAAAAGCUCAAGUGUGCCCAUAAAAAGAUUUUAACAGGAAUGUUCUUAGCAGCUGUAUUCUUCCCUGAAAACUAGAAGCAACCGAAUUUCCAUCAGCAACAAGAAAAUCGCUAAAUAACGGUAGAACCGUACAGUGCACUUACCAUCCAGCGCUAAGUGUUGCACUACCGAGACUGAGCAGCGAGGUGAGUGUUAAAGGUGCUGUGCAGAAGAGCAGCUCCGGAGUCCGAAGUGUGAGGCCCCACGUGUGAGCUCAGCGAGAGCCCAAAGGGUCCGUGGCCCGAGAAGUCUGAGGGCCUGCAGAGGGCUGGGCACGCCGCGGCCUGGGACAGGGCUGUGGCACUGUUUCUGGAUGAACACUCUCCAUCUUAUUCUCAGCCUGGUGAUUUUGACACGUGGGUAGGCAAAAGAAAACAUCAGGCUUACAUUUCACUGUGUAAGUAGACACACCAGUUUUCUAUGAUGUUUUAAAGACUGGUGCAUCAAAAUAUAGGCUACUAUGGAAAGAGCUAAAAUGUGUCAUUACACACUAUAAAAAAGCAUUAUGAGCCAGGUGUGGCUCAUGCCUAUAAUCCCAGCACUGGGGAAGCUG